AUGGCGCAUGAGGCAGCUCCCGAGUGGGCUCGUUCGAUUCUGGCUUCGGUGACGGGCAUCGACGCAAAGCUCUCGUCGUUCCAGGUCGAGAUCACGGCGUCUGUCACGGAGAUGCGCUCGGACUACGGCCAGCUAGCCGCGAGGAUGAACAUCUUGGAGGCGAGCAUGGAGCAGUAUCAGUCGAGUGAGGAUGUCAUGGCCGACAUUUCCGCGGAGGCUGAACGUCAGGUAAGGAUGCAGAAGCUCGAGUCCAUGGUCCAGAAGCUAGAGAGCCAGAUCAACGACACGAAGGCGAUAUUCGAGUUCAAUUCAGCAUCGGCAGCGUCGGAUUUCCUUAGCAAUUUCCAGAAGAUCGAAGGCGAGCUUCAGUUUCCCGACCCCAAAGGCGGACAUUUCGUGCUCAAAGUCCGCAGAGACCUCAAGGUCAAAGAUCGUCGUCUUUUCCUCGCAAUGGGCAAGCUCAGACAGAAGCUCGAGGCACUGCUCAAUGGCAGGUUCACGGUUGGCUCGAACGGACUCGGCGGCGACGUCUACAUUCUGCGAGGGGAGGAGGACCCUGUUCAGUGUGCACACGUGACGGUACUUGAGGGGGUGAAUGAUGUCCAGGUUGAAUUCACUGACUCCACUUUGACGGAGUUUGGCAUUCUGGCAGACAAAGCCAGCCUGAUGGAUGCGGCUCAGGAACUGGGGCUGACAACGGAGUUCCCUGCACUGAGACAGUACGCUCGUGCGGUGCAGUUGCGCGCGGCUAUCACUUGCCCUGCAUUUGCUCAGGUUAAGGCGCGGCUGGAAGCCGCCACCUCGACGGAACGGAUACGGAACGGGAUGGAGGAGACCUUCCGGCUCCAGGGCGUGAAGAUCCUGCGGGGCUGGUUGCAGGAGCCUCGCGCGGGGCACGAGAUCCAAGCAGAGAAGCGGGAGAGCAGCAGCGGCGUCGUGACGGACGCCUUCGAGCAGGUCUGCGACAUGGAGACGGGCGACGCAUUGUCCGAGGACGUGGGGCGCAGCGCGAGCCUGAAGGUGGCGCUCACGCAGGCGGCCGCGGAGCCGACCAUGAAGCAGGUGCUGUUCGAGCUCAGCGACCAGGUGCCCAACCUGGCGGCGUUCCUCUUCAUGCCCACGGGCGACCUGUCGCCCCCGCCGCUCGCGGCGGCCCAGGACGCGCUGGGGCGCGGCCCCUUCGUGGCGGGGCUGGUGUUCCUGAUCUUCAGCGGCGUCACGGAGACGGGGUUGGGCCCGCCCGGCUGCAGCAGCCGCGGCUCCGCCCCGCCGCGGUGGGCCGGCGGGGUGGCCGGCGCCGCGGGCCCCCGGCCGGAGGCGCCGGCACAGGGCCCCCAUGCAGCUGGAGGGCCUCCAGCUGGAGGUGCGGGAGCUCCGGCAGGAGAGCUGCGGGGGGGCCUGGACCGCUUGCUGGAGGCGCUGCUGCCGCCCUUGGGCGAGCUGCAACAGACCCUCGAGGCCUCGAAGCAUGUGCCCGUCGGUUCCGUCUCGGACAUCGGCGCGUGGCUGGCGCCAGGCGCGCCGCGGGCCGGCUCCCCGAGGCAGAAGAAGAAGAGGGAGAUCGGCGGGCGCCCGCCGCGCCCCGGGCCAGGGCAGCGGGCGCGCCUCCCGCCGCGGCGGCGGCCGCGCGGGGAGGCGGCGGCGAGGGCCCGUCGCGGGGCCGUCCGGGGCGCCACGUCUCCAGCGGCCAGGCGUCCGACGACCCCACCAACGUUGAGGACAGGUGUUCUAUGGGGUCAGCAGAAGAGCAUUGUUCGGUGA